UAUAUCAAGUUCUCCUCGUCUCUUGCUCGAUGUCUCUUGCAAGUUGCAUUUCUUCUUGUGUUGCAUUCGGACCCCGAAACACAAGAUGCAGCUCCUCGGUCUUGCCAUUGUCACUGCUUUUGCUGCCCGAGUGAUAGCAGCACCCUUCCCAGAAAACCAUGUCGUGCAUGAACGUCGUGACUAUGUUCCCAAGGCAUGGAUCAAGCGCGAUAGGCUGAGUGCUGAUGUUGAACUCCCUGUGCGUGUCGGUAUGACCCAGCGCAACCUCGAGAAUGGCUAUGAUCUUCUACUAGAAGUUUCCAAGCACGAUUCUCCCAGAUAUGGCCAGCAUUAUUCAGCAGAGGAGGUUGCUGAUAUCUUUGCGCCAUCUCAAUCGACCGUGGAUGCGGUUCGUGACUGGCUUCUAUCCGCAGGUAUUCCUGCGGAAAGAAUCUCGCAGUCGGUCAAUAAGCAAUGGAUGCAGUUUGACGCUGCAGCCGGUGAACUGGAAUCUUUGCUGAAAACCGAGUACCACGUCUAUGAACACUCUGGCACUGGUCAAUCAACUGUUGCCUGUGACAGUUACCAUGUUCCUUCCCAUAUUCAACAGCAUGUCGAUUAUAUCACUCCUGGCAUUAAACUCUUUGCGCCUAGUCGAGGUCAAUCGGGUCUCGAGAAGCGCACUUUUGGUGUCACCAGUGGAAAAGGCCAAGCGGGCACUCUCCCGCCUUUAAAAAAGACACUGGGAAUGACCAUCGAGGAGCUUCUUGCUUAUCCUGAGCUCGCUGUUUGCGAUAUAGCCAUUACUCCUGCUUGUGUCGCAGCAUUGUAUAAUGUUACUGCCGGGAGCAAAGCUGCUCCAGGUAACGAGCUUGGUAUCUUCGAAGACCUCGGGGAUUACGUUAGCCAGACGGAUUUGAAUCUGUUCUUUGCGACCUUUGCUCAACGCAUCCCACCUGGCACGGCUCCAAUCUUUAAAGGUAUUGAUGGCGCCGCGAUACCAGCAAACAACGAGUUCAAUGCUGGAGGCGAGUCCGAUCUGGACUUCCAGAUCUCAUACCCUCUGAUCUACCCUCAAAACAGCGUCCUCUUUCAAACCGACGAUCCAGUAUACGAGGCCCAGUAUACUUACCAGGGUUUCCUGAACAAUUUCUUAGAUGCCCUUGACGGUUCUUACUGCAGCUCUAUUGAUCCUCUAGACCCACCAUACCCAGAUACGCAAUCUGGUGGAUACAAGGGAUCUCUGCAGUGUGGCGUUUACAAGCCUACCAAUGUUAUCUCGAUCUCUUAUGGUGGCCAAGAGGCAGAUCUCCCUGAAGCAUACCAAACGCGCCAAUGCAAUGAGUUCAUGAAGCUUGGGAUGCAAGGUGUAUCAGUUAUCCUAGCUUCAGGUGAUAGUGGAGUUGCUGGCCCAUCUGGUUGUCUCGGAACAGGUCAAAUAUUCAGUCCUGAUUUUCCAGCUAGCUGCCCUUAUCUCACGGCAGUAGGAGCAACGUAUCUUCCCUCUGGCGCAAAUGUCAAGACGGAUUCAGAGGUUGCUGUUUCUCGCUUCGGAUCUGGGGGUGGCUUCUCAAACAUAUACGCCAUGCCAAGCUACCAGAGUGCCGCUGUGAAUGAAUACCUUACCAACAGUCCUCCUCCAUACCCAUCUUACUCCACCACCAAUAACGAAAACAUUGGCGCAAACGGCGGCAUCUUCAACCGCGCAGGCAGAGGAUACCCCGAUGUCAGCGCUAUUGGUGAUAACGUUGUCAUCUUCAACAAUGUAGCCCCAACCCUUAUUGGUGGUACCUCUGCUGCCGCUCCUGCCUUUGCUUCGAUUCUCAACCUCAUUAAUGAAGAGCGAAUUGCCGCCAACAAGUCCACAGUUGGAUUUGUCAACCCGACUCUGUACGCAAACCCACAGGUCCUCCACGACAUCACAUCAGGUACGAACCCUGGGUGCAACACAACUGGUUUCUCUGCGUCAGCAGGGUGGGACCCCGUGACGGGCUUGGGUACGCCUAACUACCCCAAGAUGCUGGAGCUAUUCAUGAGUCUGGAUUGAAUUGAUUAAUUAUGUGUUGGUUUUAUCUACGGCCUAUUAUCUUCUGGUGGGAAUAAUGUCAAGAUGUUAAUGAUGUAAGAUACCUUUAAUGAUGCCGAAACGAUGUACAUAACAUUUUGUCUGGGCCAUCUGAUACCUAGUGUUUAUUGGUACUAUAACAGAGAAUGAACAUUGUUUGCAACUGAGUUGCGAACUGAAAUCAAGAC